GUACUUCUCCUGAGGCGCGCCAGUCGAAGCGACCAUGGCGUCCCGGAAGGGCAAGCGGCGAGCGGAGCGCGGCGGGGACGGGCCGGGCGCCACCCCGGGGACCCCGAGUGCGACCGCCGGGUCCUGCGCGGGCGCCCCGCUGCUGACGGUGACCGGCCUGCUGGAGCGCGACAGCAGAGUGCCCAAGGCUUUCCAGAACUCACUGGUGCAGCUGGGGCUCAGCACCAUGCGGUCUGCCGACAUCUGCAUCGGGCGUCCGGUGCUGCUCACCAGCCUGGAGGGGAAGCAGGAGGUCUACACAGCCUGGCCGGUGGCGGGGUUUCCCGGAGGCAAGGUCGGCCUGAGUGAAGUGGCUCAAAAGAAUGUGGGCGUGCGGGCCGGCGACGUGCUCCGAGUGCAGCCGCUGCUGGGCGCCGUGCUGCAGGCCGAGGAGAUGGAUGUGGCCCUCAGUGACAAGGACGCGGACGUGAAUGAAGACCAGCUGGCAGCCUGCCUUCUGAGGAAGCUGGACGGCAAGGUGGUGCUUCCAGGCAACGUCCUGUACUGUACCCUGUACGGCCGCCUGUGCAAGCUGCAAGUGCUGGGCGUGCGCGGGGCAGACGGCGAGGUCCUGAAAGGGCAGCAGAGUGACGGCGACCCGGGCGCGCAGGCCGGUGCGGAAGCCAGCUCCCUGGACAUCUCCUUGCAGCUCAGCCAGCUGGGCCUGGGGACACCCAGGAGCCCCACAGCCAGCAGCACCCCCUGCAAGGGGGCGGGCGACGAGGGGAUGAGUAAAACUGGGGAACCCCUGUCAGAGGUGUCCCUGAGCCCGGGGACUGGCCGGCGGCGAGAGGCCCUGGGCCUGAGCUGCAGCCUCCAGUCUUCCCGUGGAGGUGCCGAGCAUAGCCUCGGUGAGGACAGCUGGCUAAGGGCAGCCCGCCCGGCGGCCAAGUCCAACACCGACACCUUCUACUUCAUCUCCCCGACAACGAGGGUCAACUUCAGCAAGAGUCAGCCCAGUCCACAAGGGCCGGGCAGGGUGACCUACGACAUGAUCGGGGGCUUGGCCAAGCAGCUGGACGCCAUUCGAGAGCUCAUUGAGCUGCCUCUGAAGCGGCCAGAGCUGUUCAAGAGUUACGGAGUCCCUCCCCCACGGGGGGUGCUGCUGCACGGCCCCCCGGGAACCGGGAAGACCAUGAUCGCCAGGGCCCUUGCCAGCGAGCUGGGUGCCUCCGUCUCCGUCAUCAAUGGGCCCGAGAUUCUCAGCAAGUUCUACGGGGAGACAGAGGCACGUCUGCGGCAGAUCUUCGCUGAGGCCACACUCAGGCGCCCAGCCAUCAUCUUCAUCGACGAGCUCGAUGCGCUCUGCCCCAGGAGGGAAGGGGCUCAGAACGAGGUGGAGAAGAGAGUGGUGGCCUCGCUCCUCACGCUCAUGGACGGGAUCGGCUCAGAAGGGAGUGAAGGGCGGGUGUUGGUCCUGGCGGCCACCAACCGCCCGCACGCACUGGACCCAGCGCUGCGCCGCCCUGGCCGCUUCGACAAGGAGAUCGAGAUCGGUGUCCCCAGUGCGCAGGGCCGGCUGGACAUCCUGCAGAAGCUGCUGCGUGCGGUCCCCCACUCGCUCAGCCGCACCCAGCUGCAGCAGCUGGCCCGCUCGGCGCAUGGCUACGUGGGUGCCGACCUCCGGGCGCUGUGCAACGAGGCAGGUCUCUGUGCGCUGCGGAGAGUCCUACAGACGCAGCCCAGCCUGACGGACAGCAAGUUGGCCGGGUCCGUGAAGGUCACGCUCAGCGACUUCCUGCAGGGAAUGAGUGACAUCAGGCCUAGCGCCAUGAGGGAGGUCGCUGUUGAUGUCCCGAAUGUGUCCUGGUCAGACAUCGGCGGCCUGGAGGCCGUGAAGCUGAAGCUGAAGCAGGCUGUGGAGUGGCCCCUGAGGCACCCUGAGGCCUUUGCCCGAAUGGGCAUCCAGCCCCCCAGAGGUGUCCUCCUAUACGGGCCACCUGGCUGCUCCAAGACCACCAUCGCCAAAGCCUUGGCCACGGAGAGCGGCCUCAACUUCCUGGCCAUCAAGGGGCCUGAGCUCAUGAGCAAGUAUGUGGGGGAGUCAGAGCAAGCCGUCCGAGAGAUCUUCCGGAAAGCUCGGACCGUGGCUCCCGCCAUCAUUUUCUUUGAUGAACUUGAUGCCUUGGCAGUUGAAAGGGGCAGCUCUUCAGGCGCUGGGGGCGUGGCUGACCGAGUCCUGGCUCAGCUCCUCACGGAGAUGGACGGCAUCGAGCAGCUGAGGGACGUGACCAUCGUGGCCGCCACCAACCGCCCCGACAGGAUCGACAAGGCUUUGCUGCGGCCCGGGAGGAUCGACAGGCUGCUGUAUGUGCCCCUGCCCGACGCGGCCACCAGGAGGGAGAUCCUCAGCCUGCAGCUGCGUGCCAUGCCUGUCAGCCCCGAGCUGGACCUGGAGGCCCUCGUCCUCCAGACAGACGCUUACUCGGGAGCGGAGAUUGUGGCCGUGUGCAGGGAGGCCGCCCUGCUGGCCCUGGAAGAGGACAUCCAGGCAGACCGCGUCCUGCAGCGCCAUUUCACCCGGGCCCUGAGCAGCGUGACGCCCAGGCUCCCACAGGCUUCCAGACGCUUGUACGAGGAGUACCGUGAGAAGAGCGGGCUGCACACCCUGUGAGCAGGCAUCGGCCUUCCCUGCUGCCCUGGGCUGCGUUCCAGGGGAGACCUGUUUCUUUUAAGGUUUUGUCCUGAGAUUAAAAAAAGUUCUCCAUGA